AUGACCUUUGAAGUUGGCCGAAAUGAACUGUUGGCCGUAAUUGGAACAGUCGGCUGUGGCAAGAGUUCCUUGCUCUCGGCUCUGGCAGGCGAUAUGCGUUUGACCGAUGGUACUAUACGUCUGAGCACCACACGUGCAUUCUGUCCCCAGUACGCCUGGAUCCAAAACACCACCGUGCGCAACAACAUUCUAUUUGGGAAGGAAUAUGAUGAGGCUUGGUAUGAGCAAGUUAUCGAUGCAUGCGCUCUGACCCCAGAUCUCGAGAUCCUACCGAAUGGAGACCAGACCGAAAUUGGAGAACGAGGUAUCACUGUCUCUGGCGGACAGAAACAGCGUUUGAACAUCGCCCGAGCCAUAUAUUUCAAUGCGGAAAUGGUGCUCAUGGAUGAUCCUUUGUCAGCUGUCGAUGCACAUGUUGGUCGUCAUAUCAUGGACAAGGCCAUCUGUGGUUUGCUCAAAGAUCGCUGCCGAAUCCUGGCGACGCAUCAACUCCAUGUGCUCAGCCGAUGUGAUCGAAUUAUUGUUAUGGACGCGGGUCAGAUCAAUGCGGUUGAUACAUUCGACAAUCUGAUGCGCGACAACGAGGUCUUUAAGCGGUUGAUGUCUAGUUCGCGACAGGAGGAUAUGCAAGAGGAAGAGGAAGAGGAAGAAGUGGUCGACGAAGUCGUGGAUGAAAUAAACGAAAAUGAGCCAAGCCCCAAGAAGGCCGUCCCAGCAAAACCCGCCGCAGGCCUGAUGCAGCAAGAAGAAAAGGCCACCGAAUCCGUUGGCUGGAGUGUCUGGAAGGCGUAUAUCCGAGCCUCUGGAAGUUAUUUCAAUGCUGUCAUGGUAUUCAUCUUGCUCGGCCUUACGAAUGUUGCCAACGUCUGGACUAGUCUGUGGUUGUCCUACUGGACUUCUGACAAGUACCCGGGGCUGUCGACCGGCCAGUAUAUUGGAAUUUACGCUGGACUGGGUGUCAGUGUUGUUCUCUUGAUGUUCUCUUUCUCGACUUACAUGACUACGUGCGGUACGAAUGCUAGCAAGACUAUGCUUCAGCGUGCGAUGUCUCGUGUGCUCCGCGCGCCUAUGAGUUUCUUCGAUACCACGCCGCUUGGACGAAUCACCAACCGCUUUUCAAGGGAUAUCCAGGUGAUGGACAAUGAACUUUCCGACGCGAUGCGUAUCUAUGCCUUGACGAUGACUAUGAUUAUCUCUAUAAUGGUCUUAGUCAUCGUGUUCUUCUACUAUUUCGUCAUCGCACUGGUUCCUAUGAUUAUACUGUUCCUUGUAGCUUCGAACUAUUACAGAGCAUCCGCCCGUGAGAUGAAGCGCCACGAGAGCAUCUUGCGCUCAAUGGUCUAUGCCAGAUUCGGCGAGGCUAUCACGGGAAUCGCGUGCAUUCGCGCAUAUGGCGUAGAGAACCAAUUCCGCCGCACCAUUCGAGACUCGAUCGAUGUGAUGAACGGGGCUUACUUCCUCACUUUCUCCAAUCAACGUUGGCUUAGUGUCCGACUCGAUGCCGUGGCGACCUUAUUAGUCUUCGUGGUCGGUGUUCUGGUCGUCACUUCUCGGUUCAAUGUCUCGCCCAGUAUUUCUGGGUUAGUGCUGUCUUACAUCUUGGCUAUCGCACAGAUGCUCCAGUUCACGGUUCGUCAGCUGGCCGAGGUUGAGAACAACAUGAACGCGACAGAACGUGUUCACCACUAUGGUACUGAGUUGGAAGAGGAGGCGCCUUUGCACCAGGUCGAGGUGCCAGCUAGUUGGCCCGAGAAGGGCCACAUUGAGUUCAGCAACGUGGAGAUGCGCUACCGGGCUGGCCUUCCACUCGUCUUACAGGGCCUCACCAUGGACGUGCGAGGAGGCGAGCGCAUUGGUAUUGUCGGUCGCACUGGUGCCGGAAAAUCGAGUAUCAUGUCGGCACUCUUCCGUUUAACUGAACUAUCAGGGGGUAGCAUCAAAAUUGAUGACCUCGAUAUUUCCACUGUCGGCCUCCACGACCUUCGAUCCCGCCUUGCCAUCAUCCCCCAAGAUCCCGCUUUAUUCAAGGGCACGAUCCGCUCGAAUCUUGAUCCAUUCAAUGAGCACAAUGACCUCGAACUAUGGUCUGCCUUGCGCAAGGCGUACCUCAUCGACCAAGAGCAAGCACUCGAAGGUGAGGAACUGCCAAGCAAGCCAGCCAGCGGAGCCACAACCCCAGUCACAGGCAGUGACAUGAAAGCGCGCCCGACAAAAACACUUACCCUCGAAUCGCCUGUCGACGACGAAGGUCUGAACUUUUCUCUAGGCCAGCGGCAACUGAUGGCCCUCGCCCGGGCGCUGGUCCGCGACGCACGUAUUAUCGUUUGCGACGAAGCUACCUCUUCCGUUGAUUUCGAGACCGAUCAAAAGAUCCAGCACACCAUGGCCCAGGGCUUUGAUGGAAAGACUUUGCUGUGUAUUGCGCAUCGCUUGCGCACUAUCAUCCACUACGAUCGCAUCUGUGUUAUGGAUAAGGGUCGGAUUGCUGAGAUGGAUGCACCAGCUGUGCUGUGGGAUAAGACAGAUGGCAUUUUCCGUGCCAUGUGUGAGCGUAGUGGGAUCACACGCGAGGACAUUCUCAGCACUGACUGA